AUGGCGUCAUACUUUGAUCUCCCGCCACAGAAAGUGGCAGCACCAGCAUGUAUGGAGCAGAUGCCUCAAGAACAACGGAAACAGUUGGGCCGCACUAGCAGCCUGAUGUCCCCAGCUGUCGCUCAGAUCCUUGAAGGGCUAGGAGAUGACCACUCAAGUAGCAGCGAGGAAGACUCUGGCCUAUCAGACAAUCAAGAGAAGAGACAUCCCAAAUCGCAAUCCAAGAAGGACACCAGCGCCCAGAAAAUACAACAAAAGAAGCAAAAUUUCACUUCAGCUCAAGCACCGCGGCCAUCCUCUCUCUCCCCGAACAGAAGCAGAAGUCGCUCCAGGUCGGCAACCAGAAAAGUUUCCAAUAUGCCGUCAUCUGCAGAUGCCAACGGAGCCAGUUCCGAUAAACCUAAAAAUAAACAACCACACAUGGCUCGCUUUCAUUCUCUCCGUAGUAUUCUUUUCCAGCAGAAGAUCGAGGACCGGUUAAGGACGGCUACUGAAGAAGAUUGCAAGAAGGAGGCCAGUGCUGCGGAGACGUGGCAAAAACAACACAAAGAGCGCCAAAUGCAUCAUCCAACAACGCCCGAAAAACAUGCGCAAGCGAAGAGUGGGAUUGGAAGUAGGCUUAAGAUGACGUUGCGUAGGAUGACAACCAAGGACGUAGGGGGAAUGGAGAAGAUUAAGGAAGAUGGGGCGCCAGUUGAAUUCAAAGAUCGUCCAUCGACUCUUUCCUCGGAAAAUGAAGAGAAACAACCGGAAUCAAAGAAAUCGAACGAGAAUGAUGACGCCAGCAUUAAGGAUAUCGAUGUCGACGACCUUGUUCGAUGGGUUAGCCGGCGCGGUUCGUCUGGUGAGGUACAGAAAGAUGACAUUGUAGAGAGCGCCAAGGACGAGAGUGUCCUUGGUCAUUCCGAUAUUGAAGACCUCGUUCACCAUGCAAGAAGGAAAUCGUCCACGAAAGACGCCCAGGAAGCUAGCGAUGAACAUCUAGGAUAUAGCGACGCGUCCACGGAGCCGGAUACUGAUCUUUCGUCGGACGAGGAAGAGAAUGCAGAUGACCUUGUACGCUGGAUAUCGCGUCGUGAAGGAUCCGAAGCCGGCCCAGUGAAGCGAAACCUGCAACGAGAAGAGCUGGAUUCCGACGUGGAAGAACAUUACGACUCGGACGUCCCAGAAUUAGGCAGAUGGUAUAAACGCCACGAUGCCACCAGUGGAGAAUCGGCAGCCACAACCCCGAUCAAAGAAACAUUUGACCUGCAGCAAAUAGAAGACGAAGAAGAAAACCGCGGCCGACCUCGAAGCCGCGAAUUACCCGAAUCACCUACCCAAGAGAAAACCCACCUUUCCUCCUCCGACGUCGACGAGCUCAUCCGCUGGGUAAGCAGCAAAAACCUCAAACGCCACGACACGCCCCUUUCCCAAGCGCAAACCCAGACCGGGACUCUAGACAGCGCUCAAGACGAAAAGAAACAAGCUGUAGGAAUGAGUCUGGACCAAGGAAGUCUAUCCCACCGCGACGUCCAAGACUUGAUCGAGCACGCACGCAAAACAAGCGCAACCGCAGAUGAUACCGCUCCAGACGCUUCCGGCAUCGAGCGCGGCGACCUGAAAAACAUGCACCGUGAGAAUACUCCGCCAACUCGCGAUCCGCAGCUCGAAUUAGAGGGGAAAAGAGAGGAUAUCAGAAACAAAGAGAAGGAAGAACAGCUUGGUAUGAGUUUGCAAGAUGCUAGUUUAAGCCAUGGCGAUAUCGAGGAUUUGCUCGCGCAUGUGAGGAGCAAGUAA